AUGUCCGACAACCGUGGUCGUGGUGGUAGGGGCCGUGGUGGCGGCCGGGGCGGUCGUGGUGGCCAAGAAGGUGGUGGUGGCCGUGGCGGCCGUGCGGUGGUUAUCAAGGCGGCGGCUACCAAGGCGGCGGCCGUGGAGGUGGUGAUGGCUACCAAGGCGGCGGUUACCAAGGCGGCGGCCGUGGAGGUGGUGAUGGUUACCGAGGCCGCGGCGGAGGUGACUUCCGGGGAGGCGGUCGUGGCGGCGGCGACUUCCGAGGUGGUCGAGGCGGCGGCGACUUCCGGGGAGGUCGUGGGGGUGGCCGCGGAGGUGGGCGAGGUGGUUAUUCUGGUCCAGACGUCUUGUAACGGUUUGGGCCAACCGAUCCCCCCGCCUGACGAAGAAGUCAGCAAGCUCGAGGACACAUGGAUCAAGCAGCAGGACAAGAUAGAGUCUAAGUUGCCCAACCUGUCACUCGGGGACUCUGAUCAUGCAUUAUUGCCUGGUCGACCGGGUCUCGGCACUGGUGGUAGCCCCAUUGUGCUUUGGGCCAACUACUUCAAGAUGGAUGCCAGGGUCCUGUCCUUGUACCGGUACGACCUCAGAGUCACUUCCAAAAAAGUGACCAAGGAAGAAGAGGAAACCACAAAGCCCAAACCCAAGGAAAAGAGCGGCGGGGGCGGCGGCGGUCAAAGUUCGGCCAAUGAACCAAGGGAGCCCAAGGGCAAAAAGUUGGCCAAUAUCAUCCAACUCGCCCUAGACCAGCUGCCUGGCAAGCCCGUGGUCGCUACCGAGUACAAGCAGCAGCUGAUAACAAAGGACAAGCUCAAGCUUCCGGCAGGCGGCCACAUGCAGAUUGACCUCGUUGAGCCCGGCCGGAGCACCGAGACGUGGUUCGUCCGCUUUGACGGGCCAUCCUCCAUUAACGUUAAGGGCUUGAUGGACUACUUGAAGUUGAUGGAGAAGGAUAACGAUGGCGUUUUCCCCAAGUAUCCCGAGGAGAUUGAUACACUCGGCGUGGUACUUGGCCACACCCCGAGGUCGAAUCCGGGGGCCGCCGCCGUCGGCCGGAGCCGCUUUUUUGCCGUGGACACGAGGAAAGAUGGGGCAAUGAUGGGGGACAGGUCUCUCAUCGAAAUCCUACGUGGUUACGUCCAGAGCGUUCGCCCAGCGACCGGUCGGCUGCUUCUCAACACCAACGUUACACAUGGCGUGUUCCGGAGAGGGUUCAAGCUGGAUGAGUUGUUCCGACUGUUCCAGGUCGCGCAGCUGCAUCAGCCCCGAAAUCUCCCUGGGCAUGCCGGGUCCGAACUCGAAAGACUGCACAAGUUUCUUUCCAAGACGCGCAUUCGAUGCAAGGUCCCCGGAGAUGCGCCCGGCAAGUUUUUUGUCAUUGAACGGGGCAUGGCCGGCCUGGCCAACCAGAGGGAUGGUGGGAAGGCCCCAGAGGAUAGACCGCAGUUCACAUUGACCGCGGUUCGUUUCGGCGCCCCUACCACCGUCAAGUUCUACCUUCGCGCUCCAAAAACCCCUGGCACGCCUCCCCCCGCAGGCCUCGCGUACAACACCUGGGUCUUUGUCAGCGAUUAUUACAGAGCCAGGUACGGCAUCAGCGUCGAUCCCGGUCUUCCUUUGAUCAAUGUCGGAACUUCGACCAAGCCGAUCUAUAUUCCGGCCGAAUUCUGCGAACUGCUCCCCGGCCAGCCGCUGAAGUCGAGGUUGAGUCCCCAAGAACAGGAUUCGAUGAUACAGUUUGCAUGCCGGCCGCCGCCGGCCAAUGCACAGUCCAUCACGACAGCAGCGAGGAAUCUUCUAGCAUUGGAUAACAACAAGUUGCUUGACAACUUUGGCAUCACAGUCCACAAGCGUCUCAUCACGGUGAGGGGCCGCGAGCUCAUCCCUCCCAAAGUCAGCUACAUGAAAGGAACUCGGCCUGAGUCAGUCACCCCGGCGGACGGGUCGUGGCUCAUGAAGGGAGUCAGGGUCUGCCGGUCCGGAAGGCACAUUGGAAAUUGGACAUACUUGACAAUUGGGAAUGCGCCCCGGGCUGAGGAGAUCAGAACGGCUGUCUGGGGCUUCGCCAAGUUCCUGAACAACAACAUGGGCAUCUCGAUGAACACCAAGCCAAACCCGCCAAACGGCUACGUAACACCUUUGAACCACACCGACACAGAUUUGGAAAAGCUUUUUAGGAGAAUCACGACACAAACGCCUCGGCCUGACCUCCUUCUGGUGAUUAUUCCCAGCAAGGACGCUGCCAGAUAUAACAGCAUCAAGAAGUUUGGGGAUUGUGACUUUGGCCUCCCCACCGUUUGCGUCCGCGAGGAGAUGAUUACGAAGCAACAGGGCCAGGCUGGAUACUUUGCCAACGUUGGCCUGAAGGUCAAUUUGAAGUUCGGCGGGGUCAACCACAGGGUGGAGGACAAGACCGGGAUUGUCGCGAAGACCAUGUUUGUGGGCUACGACGUAACCCAUCCCACCAACCUUCCCGCGGGCGCGGGCGAGAAUGCGCCCAGUCUGGUCGGAUUGGUGGCGAGCAUUGACCAAGACCUCGCCCAGUGGCCUGCUGUGACGUGGGCAAACAGGGCCCGGGUCGAGAAGGUUGGGCAAGACGAUGGCGGCCAGUUUGUGCGUCACUUCAAAGACCGUCUCAGGCUCUGGCAAGACCACAACAAGAAGCAAUUGCCCGAGUACAUCGUCAUCUUCCGCGACGGUGUUUCGGAAGGGCAGUUCAACAUGGUCCUCAAGGACGAGCUGCCGCACAUCCGCCAGGCAUGCCGGGAGACAUACCCAGCCAAGCAGCAGCCGCGUAUUUCUCUCAUUGUAUCGGUGAAGCGGCAUCAGACGCGCUUCUACCCUACGGACCCCAACCAUAUACACUUCCGAUCCAAAAGCCCCAAGGAGGGGACCAUCGUCGACCGAGGCGUCACCAACGUCCGCUGCUGGGACUUUUUCCUCCAGGCCCAUGCGUCUCUCCAGGGCACGGCUCGCCCCGCGCACUACACAGUUCUCCUGGACGAGAUAUUCCGCAGCAAGUUUAAGCAAGAUGCUGCGAACAUGCUCGAGAAACUCACGCACGACAUGUGCUACGCCUACGGCCGGGCCACCAAAGCCGUCAGCAUCUGCCCGCCGGCGUACUAUGCCGACCUGGUCGCCACGCGGGCCCGCAUCCACAAGAACGAGCUGUUCGACGACAGCCUUUCCUUGGCUAGUGGUGGCACCAACUCGUCGGCCUUCAAUCGCGGGAUUCACGACAAGCUGAAGAACACCAUGUACUACAUCUAA